CUCAAAUUCGAAGCCUUUACAACAUGGAUGAACUCUCCUAUAUUUAUUGCAUGUUGGGGCUUUUUGCUAUCGCAUUGUUACUAAAAUUAUUGCAAUAAUUCGUUAGAGUUCACUCGAGUUUUUGACAUUCUACAUAAAUUUGUGCAUACCAUUUGUGGUCUCCUUUUGUGGUUUACUGGGCGCGUGCUUUAUCAAUUUCUUUGAAAGGGAAUACCAGCAGAGUCAAAUGUCAGUGAUAUAUGUUAUUUUAGUUGUGUCGCGAUAACCAGUGCCUGCUGGGGUGUUUUAAAUGAAAAUUAUGCACUUUAUAAAAUAAAUAGUUGUGUAAAGAAAAAAGAAAUAAAAUAAAAAUACUAUAGAACAGAAUAAAAAUGUUUUCCUAACCCUGCACUUAAACAUACUUGUACCAAAUUAACAGAGUCUAUCAUCAAGUACUCCUUCACAAUUAUAAUUGCCGUUAUUAUAUUUUACUUAAUCGAAGAUUUGUGUGAUAAACGUUGUGAUAUAAUAAAGUGAUAUUUGAAUUUGAUUUGCCCAUUUAUUGGAGAAGAUGGGUGACAUAGGUGUUGUUUUCUUAAUAAUUAUUGCUUUCUUCCUUAUAUAUCUUAUAACAAAAGUGUGUUGUUUAAUGUGUUGUGGUCCAGAAAAGGAAAAUAGUUCAAGUGAACGUCCUGUGCGCAGACGUGUAGUUCAACGUAUUCGUAUUGAGCCGACAAAUGUUGCCGGUACUACUACAACAACAGCCAUAAGUGCAACAACGGGAGCUGUUACCACUAACACAGUGAGGGAAGAUCGCCAAGGCAACAUUUUCACAAUCGCCAAUGAGACGACCAACAACCAGUUACCAAAUCGAUGCACUGAUUUCUACUAUGUUGAACCAAGCGCCACUGAUGCAGCACGCAUACAAGCACAACUGGAAAAGGAUGAAAAGGACUUGCCCACCUAUGAAGAGGUGAUGGCUAUGAGUUUAGCAGAGGUAAAUGGCAGCACAUUAGCGCUACCUCCCACUACUACGACGUCGAGCACUUCCGUAGCCACUACCGACACAGUAGUGCCAGUGCCGCCAUAUUCAGAGGCCGAGCGUAAUGUCUUACCUACUGUCCAUCAGCCUUCGAAUAGUGGGCUAACUACUACUACAACCGGUAGCACAUGGGCCGCAUCAACAUCACGCGCUGCUGCUGCUGCCGCUACAAACACACCAGUUGUGACGAUCGCCAACUCGGUGUCAAAUACGAGCGUGUAAUACGCAUAACUACUUAGUAUGUGAAGAAAUAUGUUAUGAUCGAUAUAUUGUUAAGUAACGCUCAACGAAAGUGUUCAAUGAACGAAUGCGGCAUAUUCGUCAUCAAUGUUCAAGGUGGAAAAUCCGAUUCAAUACCGAUUUCAUUACUUGCAAACAUGCAUAUGCACCUGCUUAGGUGUAAGCGAGCGUUACAAUCUCCAGUGCCCCCAUGGUAAUGCCAUGAACUUUAUUUAUCUAGUUACUUUUUUUUGUGGAAAUUAUCAUUUAUUUUAUAAGAAAUUAAUCAUAAAAAGUGUGAGCAGUUUAAACUAGAUUUACUAAAACCAAAUCAUACAUAAAUACGUAUGUGUAUAUAUGUAAGUGCGUGUAGUAAGUAACUACGAGUAAAUUAAUAUAUUUAAA